CAGCACCGGAGCCUGAUACAGACAGGGCGUCAAGGAAGGAGAUGGCCGACUAGGAGGCAGCGUUACCUUUACAACUUGCCUGGCGAGAUUCAUUUUACUUAACACAUCUUCACAGCUGAAGUGGAAAGCGGCUUUUUAAAUAUUUCGCUCCUUCCGCGAUGGCAGAACAAAACAGCAACGUCAGAUAUCAAGAGCUGGUGAAUGAGGAGGAGCCCGCCCAGUCAUCCCAGGAGGGUCCUGCCCAGGACGCACCACCCCCCUACAGCAGCAUUGCUGCAGCAAAUGCAGCUUUCUUUGAAUACAAGGAAGAUGGAGGAAGAUUUCCCAACCCUCCAUCCUACAGUGUUGCCACCACUCUGCCCUCCUAUGAUGAAGCUGAGAGAAACAAAGAAGAGGCAGCCAUUCCCCUGGUCACUGGAAGAAUCACGGAGGACGACUUUGUGGCCAGGGAUGACUUUGAAGAUGCUGAUCAGCUGCGAAUAGGAAAUGAUGGCAUCUUCAUGCUCACUUUCUUCAUGGCAUUCCUCUUCAACUGGAUCGGCUUCUUCUUGUCGUUCUGUUUGACGACAUCAGCAGCCGGCCGAUACGGAGCCAUCUCUGGCUUCGGCCUGUCCCUCAUCAAAUGGGUUCUUAUUGUCAGGUUUUCUACCUACUUCCCUGGUUACUUUGAUGGGCAGUACUGGUUGUGGUGGGUGUUCCUGGCCCUGGGCUUCAUGCUGUUCAUCAGAGGCUUUGUUAACUACUCCAGAGUGCGUAAACUGGCUGAUCCCACCUAUGCCACCCUCCCCCGAACAAGGGUACUCUUCAUCUAUUAGGGGUAAGGAUGUUGGAUGUGGAAGAAGUGGACAUGACCAACACAAGCGGCAACUCCUGUGAAGAGUUUCAAAAUUUCAAGUGAAGACAUAGGAGGCCAGAGGAGUAAUAGAUGAAGACAACCCUCAAUGAAAAUAUUCAGGAAUUAUAUCACUUGUUAUAUUUUGUUUUUGAAACUUUAAUAAUGGGAAAUGGUUAACAGUAAUAGUCCCUCAAUGUACUCAUUAGUGGCGAAUGUUAAGUGCUAUUUACAUCUGUCUGUAAUGUAAAGUAAUGCCUUAUAUAAUUUGAUGGUAGCAUACGAGCAUGCAUCUGCCCUAAAGGUCAAUAAAUAGGGAGAGUAUCAUGUUGGUGACAUGUGAAGCCAUUAAUACAACACUCUGUAGACUUGCCAUAGCAUGCGACACACUUUGUAAUCUGCACUAAUCUCACUUCAUAGUUUUAUUGUGACUCUUAGAGGCUGUUUGUAGAUACCACAUACACUUAAAAAGCAAGAUUUCAUUAGGCUGUAAAUGCUGAUAUACACAUUACCACAAAUUUCACUCACCUGUUGGCUUUAAGUAUGCUCUUUUUUUUUAAGACAGGAGGGGGCAGUGUUGCCUGCUGCUUUUUAAGUCGUUAGAAACUGUUCAUUGAGGGCAUUGUCAUCAUGAAACAUAACAUGCUUGCAAUUGAAACAGCAAAGCAAAAUUACGCCCAUGUGUCAGAAGUUUAAAUGUUUUGUUGUGCAUGAAAUCAGGUCAAACUAUCCACCCUGGAAAUUGAAUUGAGGUCACAAAAUAUGAUCUCAGAUGAUCAAGCUUGAGUUCUUAAACAUGAAUAAGCCCUGAAACCAGACGGCCACAACAGUGAUGACAACCAAGAUGAUUUGUUUAUGCUCCGUUUACUGGUUCAUGUCCUUUUAAAAAGCUCAUUUAGAUGUAACGGGCUGACUCUUCAGUGAGUCAGUGGAGUCGGCGUCUCAUUCAAGCUCUGUCUGGAUUUCAGCUGUUUAUGAUCUCGCGCCUCUCACAUUUGGAUCGAAUUAUCUAAGAGCAUAAAAAGAACUGAAAUUCCAUUUUCAGGUGGGUUUUUGUCUUGAGAUUUAAUUCACAGCUAGGGAAGGGAAAUCUGUUUUAUCUUUCUUCAUAAGGUGUAAGAUGUUAGUUAUUCUCUAUAUCAAGGAAUGUUGUAUGCAGGUGCACUUUUAGAAACAUAACCAAUUAAACCCAAGAGGAUGUUCCCAUCAUUUUAGGUUCCAGACAUGUAAAACAAGGAAUGAAUGAUGCAUGUUUGUUUCUGUUUUAUAAUCUGGAGGCAUUUCAGGAUGGUCAGGAUAAUCUAACCAUUGUUGUCAAGGGAAGGAGUUCAUACGGAUUUUAGUCUGGUCCUGCAAACUGAACUGUUUGCCUUAUCAGUUAACUUCAAACUUCUGCUGUGGCUUUGAUACACACCCAUUAUGCUUAUUUCUAUGUGAUGUAGAGCUGCAACCUUGAGGUUUUAUUGAUAUGAAAUUGUACAGAAAACAUUUAGUGUUGAAUAAAUGUCACUUUCAAUGCG